UGAUCACAAUGGGUCAGUUUUUCGAAGUUCGCAAGACAUUCCUAUUUUGCUGGCUCGUCAAUAUCUUUGUAUCGAAAAUUCAGGGUGAAUACAUUUCACCUGAAUAUUCAGAAAAAAAUGUAAGGCAAGCUGUAGACGAGUGGGAAAUUAAAUCAUUAGAUUCGUUCAAUAGGGCGAUGGAGUCAAUCUGGAACUGGGAAACUAAUCAAACUGAUGAAAAUCACGAUAUCAUGAGCGCUGUUGUUCAAGAAUGUUUUGAAGAAUUUAGGAAUGCAUCAACCGACUUGCUUCGUUACGAAACUGUGAAUAUCGAGGACGAGGAUUUGAAACGUAUCCUUAGACUAUGGCAUUAUUUGGCACGCUCUCCUGAGCGAUGGGAAAAUGAUUCCAUAUCUAUUGGACCUGUCAGUGAAAAUUACAAUAACGUAGAAGUGUGUAGCUUUACAAACAGUAGCCAGUGUGAUAUGGCGUUGGAGCCGGACUUGAGCAAUAUAUUUUUGAGCAGCCAGGACCCCGAAGAACUGAAGCAUUAUUGGAUUGAGUGGUAUGCUUCAGCUGGAACUGCCGCCAAGAACGAUUUUUUCAACUAUGUGCAGCUUAAAAACGAAUCUGCUAUAUCCAGUGGAUUGCUUUCGGCAGCAGACGAAUGGUUAAAUGAAUAUGAAGAUGAUUCGUUCGAGAGCCAAGUAGAAACGGCGCUUAAUCAAAUUAUGCCCUUUUACAAGCAAAUGCAUGCAUACGUAAGAUUUAAACUUCGUCAAAAUUAUGGUAGUGAUAUCGUUCCCGAGAGGGGACCGAUUCCUAUGCAUCUUUUAGGAGAUCUGACGGCUAGUAAUUGGGAAGGUAUCUACAAUAUUACUGCGCCAUUUCCCGAAACCAGUUUGCCUGAUUUUACUGAGGAAAUGGUAAGGCAGGAAUACAACGUCUCUCGGAUGUUCCAUAUGGCAGAAGAUUUUUUCGUUUCAUUAAACAUGAGUUAUCUUCCCGAAUCUUUUUGGAAGAAAAGUAUGAUGGAGAAAACUAACGACGGGCGACGGACUGACUGCGAAACUGUUUCUAGACAUUUCUACAAGAAGGAUGACGUCCGUAUAAAAAUUUGUUCUAAAGUUAAUAUGCGUACUUUGUUCAGAAUCCAUGAAGAAUUAGCAGUCAUUCAGUAUUAUUUGCAAUUUCAACAUCUACCAAGUAUUUUCCGUGAAACUGCUACUCGUUCAUUCCGCCCAGCUUUCAGUAAGUUCAUUUUAUUAUCGGUAACAUCACCUAAACAUUUGAAAAGAAUAGGACUUCUAAGUUGGAACCGUCAGGAUGAACAGAAAGUGUUGAUCAACCAUUACUUCAAGACACUUUUGGAUGAUUUAGUGUUCCUACCAUUUGUGUACACCAUUGACAAAUACCGUUGGGAUAUUUUUCGUGGAGAAGUAGCAUGUGGAGAGGCGAACUGCAAAUUUUGGGAGCUACGCUCAAAGUACUCGGGCAUUGAACCUCCCGUCAAGCGUUCGGAAGCAGACUUUGAUGCUCCAGCUGAAUAUUUCGUGGCAAACGACGAAGAGUCCAUCGGGUAUCUGAUAUUCUUCAUCGUAAAGUUCCAGUUCCAUCAAUCUGCUUGUAAAUUGGCCGGAGAAUACGUUCCAGGUGAUCCAGUGAAAACUUUAAACAACUGCGAUAUACAUGGAAGCAUUGCCGCUGGCGAAGUAAUCAAAGCUAUGCUAUCGUUGGGACAUUCCAAACCUUGGCCGGCUGCAAUGCAAGUGUUGACUGGUGAGACGAAAAUGAAUGCCGAACCCUUGUUGGAGUACUACAAACCACUUUACGACUGGCUGGUUGAAGAAAACAGACGCAAUGGAGCCUACGUUGGGUGGGAUCAAUCAGAAAAAUGCUCAUCGAAGCAGAAUACUGAAACAUAAAUAUCCAGUGUUAUUUAUAUAUGUAUACGAUUUAAGAUAUACCCAAGUUAUAUCACUGAAAGAUGAUCGUAUAAUCCGAAAAAUAAUGAAUGUAUUGCAAAUUUCAUAUUUUAAUCGUGUGAUACAGGUCUAUAUUGUAAAUUACAUUGUGAAAUAAAUAUUUCAAAAUAGAA